AUGUCAUUUAUCGUACGAUGUUUUCAAGAUGCAUUUUUAAGUCAAAAUUAUAACCUUACUGGUUGUGAAAAUUUAGCCAACUGGGCGGAAUUUUUACUAAGAAAAGGAAUGUGGGUAUCUGUUUUUGUGUUUAUCUCAUCUAUUUCAAUAGUUAUAUGCGAAGAUCAGAAUUUAUUUAAACUACAAGAAAAAUAUAAAAAGGCUAAAAAUAUUGAAUCACAAGUUGACCGUAGUCCUAAAAAUUGGUAUUAUGUAGUGUAUUUUGUUACGGGAGUUUGUUCAAGUUUAUAUUUUAUACUUCACUGUUUUUUUGGAUUUAAUUUCUAA